CUAUUAAAUAUGGUGUGUACCGUGGUUUAUGACAAUCUUAGAUUCUGUGGUGUUGGCAAUUUUAUCUGUAGGAAUGUUAUCUGUUAUCUACACAAGUUAUAGAUAAUAGAAGUUACAUAAGUACAGGAAUUUUCUAAGAAUGGCAGGGUUAGGAUUAAGCCCAGGAGAUCCAAGCUCAUUUGCAAGACCAGAGGAAGCCGCAGUUUCUUCAGUUGAUUUAUACCUGGAUGUAGAUUUUGAUCAUAAGGUUUUGAGUGGGAGAGCAGAUUUGACUGUUGAUAAGAAGAAAGAUGAUGUUACUCAUGUUAUUCUUGAUUCUAAAGAUUUGAAUAUAGAAAGAAUCAUUGACCAUGUCUCACAACAAGAUCUGGAGUUUACUGUGGGUGAGAAAACAGAAACCCUUGGUUCCAAACUGGAGAUUAAGUUACCAAGUACAAAGGAAGAUAGGUUUAUCAUCAGUAUCUUUUAUGAGACAGAUGUCAAUGCUAGUGCCUUACAGUGGCUACCUCCUGAACAAACUGCUGGCGGCAAACAUCCCUAUCUCUUCAGUCAAUGUCAGGCAGUCCAUUGUCGCUCCAUGUUCCCAUGUCAAGAUACACCCUCUGUAAAAGUGACUUAUAAUGCAGAGAUUACGGCUCCGACUGAACUUACAGUACUGAUGAGUGCAAGGAGAGUGGGUGCACCAACUGUAGCAUCAGCUAGACUUAAGUUGCAUAAGUUUGAACAGCCAAUCCCAAUUCCAGUUUAUUUGGUUGCCAUCGUCGUUGGUUUUCUUGAAUCACGGAAACUUGGACCACGGUCUCACGUCUGGUCAGAAGUGCAGGACGUUGAUAAGGCAGCUUAUGAAUUUGCUGAGACUGAAGACAUGCUGUCAGCUGCUGAGAGCAUUUGUGGUGAAUACAUUUGGGGAAUUUAUGACUUGCUUGUUUUGCCACCUUCUUUUCCUUUUGGAGGAAUGGAGAACCCUUGUAUUACCUUUGUCACUCCAACUGUCUUGGCAGGAGAUAGGUCUCUGGCUGAUGUAGUUGCUCAUGAAAUCAGCCACAGUUGGACAGGAAAUUUGGUCACAAACAGGAACUUUGAACAUUUCUGGCUGAAUGAAGGAUUCACAGUAUUUCUGGAACGUAAGAUUUUGGCAAAGUUGUAUGGAGAAAAGACUCGACAGUUUUCAGCAAUUGGUGGAUUGAAGGAUCUUAAAGAUGCAAUAGCAGCCAUUGGUGAAAACAGUCCUCUAACAUGUUUAGUGCCAGAUUUGAAAGGAAUUUCUCCUGAUGAUGCUUUUUCUAGAGUUCCAUAUGAAAAAGGUCACACUCUUCUGUUCCAUCUUGAAGAGCUUGCUGGUGGACCAGAGGUGUUUGAUCCAUUCCUGAAAGCAUAUAUAAACAAAUUUAAGUACAGAUCAAUAGACACAGAUGAUUUUAUAAAGUUUUUAUAUGAAUAUUUUCCAAACAAUAGCAAACUCAAGGAGGUUGACUGGAAAAAAUGGUUGUUCACACCUGGAAUGCCUCCCGUCAUUCCCAAGUAUGACAGCUCAUUAGAAGAAGUGUGCACAAAUUUGUGCAAUAAAUGGCUAGAUUGGGAUGCAGAAUCUACCUGUCCAUUUAGCCCUGAGAAUAUUAAGGGUUUGAGUUCAAGUCAGGUACAAGAAUUUCUGACUCAGCUGCUUGAAAAGAAACCUUUGUCUGUUACCAAGCUACAAGUUAUGGAGAACACAUACAAAUUCAGUUCUGUGGUGAAUUCUGAGAUACGUUUCAGGUGGCUUCGAUUGGUCAUCAAGGGAAGGUGGUUGGAACAGGUGGCGCAUGCACUAGAGUUUGUUGUCGAACAAGGUCGCAUGAAAUUUGUUCGACCUCUGUACAGGGACUUGUAUGACUGGGAAGAAGUCAGAGACAGGGCAAUAGCUGUGUAUGAGUCUAACAAGUCCAGGAUGAUGUAUGUCGCUGCUUAUGGUGUUGCAAAGGAUUUGCAUUUGGAACCAUGAUGUGCACCUGCUGGGUAUGCAACACACUUCCAUAUAGCCUUGUUGAGUCCACUCAUAUAUUUCAUAUAGAACACUGAGCAGUCACUGAUAAUUCUGGAGGUGAAUAUGAUGUGUGUUCAUAUAAUUUGAUUAAUCAGUGAAUACUGGAUAUAGGGAACUAAUUAAAAUUUGAUACAGAUUGGUGCACUGCUAGAGCAGUGAUUCCCAGACUGAUUGUAAUGGCAGCCUGAAGAACACCUGCAGAAAUUCAUUUUUCAUAACAAUAAUUUUGUGCAGAAAUUGCUUGUCUUAGUGUUAAUUAUUGCCAUCAACAACAUUGUCCGCUAAUAUUAAUUAAUCAGUUACACAGGUACAAUGUGCAAGAAUGUAUUUUCAGCACUUGUGUGUUGAAAUGAAAAUCAGUCCAAUUACGGAAAUGGAUUGUAAGUAAAAUGACAGGUUUCAAACUGGAAGACAGGGUUUUCAUUCCCAAAAGAGAUGGAAUCGUAGCAUGACAACCAUAUCUACAAUGGUUCUAGGUCCCAUGCAGCCUCUUAUGCAAUGAAUAUUAGGCAACGGAAGCCAUAGAAAGAAGAUUAUUGUUCAAAACCUUGCCCCCAUUUCUUUACAUGAUUAAUGUCAUGGUACUAUGCACAGGGAAGGAGAUUUCACCUUUUAAACAGAAGCAAACUAGGAAAGUCUGGGAACCACUGUUGUAAAUUGUGGUUAGAGUAGUAACCAUUUUGUUCAAGUAUUUAUAAUUUUCAAUCAAUAUAUAAUUUGUAUUUUGAAAAUUUGGAUCUUUUAAGACUUUUUUGAUAGCCCUUUUAAUGUUAUACAUGGGAUUUCAGUGCUUUUUUGGAGAAGAAUGGAUAGAUAGUUGUUACAAACAUUUCCAAAAGUGUAAAUAGCUUUCAGUUUGUUCUUUGUAAAAAGAUUCACACAUACUGUGAACUUCCAGUUUGUUGUUAAUGUCCAACAACAUUGAAGUUUCUGAGAGGAUAAAGAAAUGUCACAUAAUAUUCAUAGCCUGUGAUAAGUCACAUAAGCUGUGAAGGGGGUAUCUUGUUAACCUUAAUAUUUUUAUGAAACUGCAUUAUCUAAGUUCUAAUAAGUGUUAAAGCAUAUGGGAUACAAUCUAGGUAAAAUAAUAAGCAUUUUUUACUCUUUAUUUGUGGUCAUGUUAUAAGUGUUAAGAAAAUAUAGGUGGUUUCUUACAAUGAAUUGAUUGAUUUUAUAUUGUUUAAUGAUGCUGUGUUGCCUAGGUUGUAUAACCUCAAUGUAAGAAUAUGAUCAUGAUACGUAAGUAAAUAUUAGGAAGAAGUCUGUUGUUUACUGGCUUCACCUAGAAUGCCUGAAGAAUGUAUGUGGAAUCGUAGGUCAGCCAGUAAUCGAAUAAGUGACCUGAACCAAGUUCAUCCCAAACAAGUCUAGAGCACCAUUACUGCUGGGCAACUGAUCAGUAUAUAUGGUGUUUUGUAUUAACCUUUUAAAUCCCUGCAGCCAGUAUAGUGGCUGCUGUAUGUGAACUUCAUAGACGUAUAUGGCCAGUUAACUUGCCACAAGCUUAGGAAUCCCUUGUGAAAGUCUGUAUACCCACAAAAUGAACUUGGUCUAGCUGAGUUGUACAUUGGUGAUUUAAAAUGGUGCAGUAAAGGUUAAGGAAGUGAAUGGGAAGAAUAACUUAAAAUACUGUGAAAGAAUUAUAUUUACUUUCCUUUUUGCAUGUUACAGAAAUUAGUGCAUGAGUAUUUAAGAAUUAUUAGACCAAAUGAGAUUGAACAGUAAAUGUCAUUUGAAAAAUGUUUUAACUGUUUUAAGUGCCGUAUAUAUAUAUAUAUAUGACAUAUAUAAAUUAAAAACUGUAGCAUAAUUGUAACUUAUGUACCAACCAACUGGGUUUGUUUUAGGUGGAUUUAUUGCAGUAAUUGUUUACUGUUAAGUCUGGAGUACAACAUUGUUACAUACAGCACCACUGUAAACAAAGCACAGUUACUUGGUCACAGAUGCACAUUAAUGGUACUUUGAGAAUCUAAUUAAUUCUUAAGUGUGGUAUAGUUUAUGUGCCAUCACUUGAAGUUACUUUGUGGUCAUAAAUUAUUAAUGUUGAAUUGAGGUUAUCUUAUGAUGGGUUUUAGAUAAAUUUGGAUAAUAGAUAUCAAAUUAAAAGGCACCUGACUGACAAGUGUUUAUGCUAAACAUCAGACAUGGUGAUGUGUACUAUUGUAUAAAUUCUUUUAAUGAUGGUUCAACCUCCUUGGGGUGAAAUACUGCAAUGGUCUGUGAGAGUAUUGGAUUAUAAAAAGUUAAACUUCGUAGUAUGUAUGUUCUCAGAUGAUCAGCUGUCAGUGACAGAUACAGCUCUGAUUUCCAGUGGUCAAAGUCCAAGAAUAUUUGCCUGGAACUCUCACAUUUAGCUUCUUGCUACAGGUGUGAAAAUUGAUUAAUUAGUUCUAAAUCAAUAAAAUCCCAACUUCAUCAUUAAUGGGUGGUCAGAAUCUGAGGUCAUCCUCAGAACCUGACAUUUUCAGUGUAUGUAUUAGGAAUUUAAUUUUGUUUCUGCCUCUGUAUUACUCAUAUGUCUUUGUAUUUUUACUGUUUUCUGUAUGUCUGUACAGUAUCUAGUUUUGCUACUGAUUGGAACAAUGGUGCAGUGUGGUCAUAACUGUCUAAUUAUUAGCAGUUAGUAAUAACUCCUUAUUGGAUAGUAAUCCUGGUUUGUUUACAGCUAAAUUUUAAAAAUAACAUGUUAUUGAGUUACGUCGCCAUGAAAGCUUCAAAUCAAGAUUUUUUAUCAUUUUAAAACUUCUUGUCUCCUAUUUUUAAGAUGUGUAUACACAGGUUGUAUCUUAAAGGUGUAGCCAAACUUAGAGUGUGAGUUCAAUACACCAAAACUAUAACAUUAUAAUCAACACUGGCCUGGAAAAUCCUCCUUUCCAAGUUACGGCACUCUUUUCCUUUCUGACAUUUUGUAGUAACUGUGCCAAAUGUCACCUGUGAGCUUCAAUGCAGCACUGUGCACCUCUUGCCAUAGACUGCCAAAUGCAAACAUUCCUGGGGUAUUGCAGAUUGUCUGACAGCCAUCUUAAAGUUGCUGUCAAAGAGUUAUGUAUUGUUUAUCAGAGUCUCAUAAACUAGAGCUUUUAUUCCAGCAGAGAUGAAAAUCAACUGGACUUAAAUCAGACAAACACAGGGCACACAUUAGGUCUUCCUUGACCUAUCCAUCACUGUCUAAGAAUUUCCAAAUUGUAAUGCUGAAAUUUUGUGGAGCACCAUCACACAUGAUUCACAUGUGUGCUGUGAUUGCUAAAGGAAGGUUUUAUAAUAGCUUGGGAAAAUAAUUUUUGAAGAAAUGUUGAUAACUGCUUUCUGUUGGCCUUUGUGGCAAAACAUAGGAGCCUGUGAUAACAGUGUCAACAAUACCUACUCACAUAUUAGUGCUGAAAAGUUGUUGAUGUCUAGAUUGAAUAAUAGUGUGAGGAUUUUCCUCUUCCCACAAGUAAUUGCUGUGAAAAUGCAUUAUGAACUUCCUGGUGAAAGCUGUUUCAUCUGUAAAUAGCACUGAAGAAACAAAGAAAGGGUUUCAUGCACAUUGCUGCAACCACUAUUGACAGAAGGUCCGCUAGACUGAGACCCUCAACUCUGUAAGUGGUAUGGGUACAUCAGCUGUUGAUGUAGGACUCUCCAGAUGGUCAUUUGUGACACAUGUCCCACUGCUGCUAUCCUUUUGGUACUGCUAGUAAGAUCUUAUUCAUUAUGGUACAGAAUUUCUUCCUUUAAAUGAGUUGGUUGGUGGAUAAUGGUCUCCUCCAGUUUGUAGUAACAAGUUCAGAAGUUCUUGUCCCUCAUAGAUGAUAAUCAGUGUUUUCUUGUGUGGAAGUUACCAUUGUGGAAAACUGCUUGUAGAGGUGCCUGGCAUCCCUGUCCCUAAAUGAGAUGCAUGUUUGACAUUUCUUGAGUUUGUUCCCACCCAUUUUUGCCAAAACACUGUUCACUAAUCGAGUUGGUUUCUGGCAUUGAAAUUUUGAAAGAAAAUGUAAAUUAAAUUACAAAUCAGGUAAUGACUAAUCCUGCUCUUGAUUCUGGUUUGUCUCCAAGUGACUGUUUCAUAUGGCCUUGGCAUUACAUUCAUGGCUUUCUGUCGUGCUUUUGAAGGGCAAACUACAAACUUAUGGAUAAUGUUUGGAGCAGAUACUUUUAACAUGUCAGAAAGAAAAGGAGGCUUUUCCAGGCCAGUGUUGAUAUGAACUUUUUUUUGUAGUUCAGGUGUGUAAGACUCACCACCAAAGUUUGGCCACACCCUUAAGUUACAUACUGUAUAUACAUUAAUUCAUGGUUAAAUAUUUAUUUUUAUAAACAGAAGGCAUGGAUUUGUUUGUCCUUUCAUAGAAGCUUAAAGAAUAGACAUAUUUAGUUGUGUUUACUUUAGUUCUUUCAUCCUUCCAUGGAACUGAAAAUUGUUACUGACAUGUGAUUUUAUGCAGUAGUGAUUUGUUUCUAUGAACCAUUAUAAAUGUGUAUGCAAGAGCAA